AUGAGUGCGACUAAUCUUCGAUGCGUCAAUUGCAAGAGAACAGGGGAUGACGUGAGGGUGAAACAGUAUUCAAGAGUACUAUUGAGAGGAAGACACAGAAAGACUUAUAAUUGCGUGCCAAAACUAACAACUGAAGAAAACAUUAUUCUUCGAGUGCACGGACAAGACGCACUAAAAGUAUGGUUGUGUUCAUGUUGCGAUCAUUACCUUCUAGGCGGCUCAAAUGAUCCUGCUGACUACUGGCCGGCCAUGGUUUACAAGUUUCUGGUUCAUGAGAAUUCUGAGCAUUCCAUCAAUGUCUCUGUUUACGAGAAAUGGCAGUUGAUACCAAGCACAUGGAGACCCUGGUGGAGAUCACAUUUCGCGAUGUACAAUUUUGAUGAAACUGAGAAAUCAUUGUUUGUUGAUUUCACAGAGGAGCUAGAGGAAGUGAAAGAAGCAAUAGACGACUUGGGAUGGGUUCGUCUGACAAAGCAAAUGGACAAACACUUUGCUUAUCCCGAGAUCAGGUGCCCUUUUGGAUGUUCGGAAUUCCUUCACAAAACAAACCAUGUCCCGCUGAAGGACUUCCUAUGGUGCUACUCCAAUUACGAGAUGCAAUGUUAUGAAGCGCCAAAAGGCAAGAAUUGGACCGAUUUUAUUUCUCCGUCAUAUCCGAGUUUUCAGCCCAACGUUUUUAGCGACACUUUCUGCACCGUGAAACAAGUUGGUGGUUUUGGGGGCAUUGACUCUGCCUAUGUUACCACUUCUAAUGUGCCAAUGAAGUCUGAUACGCUGUCUUGCAACAGAGAUUUUCUUUCUAUUCAAGGCCGCCCAGACAUUAGGGCUCAGAUCAAUGAGAGAUCAACAGACAAGAAUAGCCCGUUGUACAUGUCUAGAGACACUAUUGAGUCUAUUUUCAGGGCUUCAGAACUGAAAUAUCCAGACCUGAUGGAGUUGCCGGAAACAGCAACUUCGACUUUUGUGCCUUGUGACGUCGCUGUAAAACUGCAGGAAAUGAUGUACGAAGAAGCCUCAAAAACUAUCAAAGUUUUUGAAGAUGACGGAGAUCACUUUGCCGAAAAACUGUUUGCUCCUCCUUGGCCAUCAGAUUUUGUUGAGGUUCACCCGCUAGACGGUCAUGGUCAACGUUUUCACAAAGUGACUAAUGGCGACUUUGGGUUUUGGAUGUUCUUAUGUAUCACAGGAAGGGUGCGGGACCUGUGGCAAGCGAUUGCAAGUUCUGUGGAAGAUAAUAGAUCAUGGCAUGGACAUUGGUUGCAGUUUGCAUCAAAUGUGCUCACUAUUCCAGGGAAGACAGCAAAGUCUCGGUAUUUCCCAGCACUGGCCGAGAAAAAGGUUCAUGAUCUUUUUCCCGUUCGGCUUGAGGAUACACUAAAUGACAAAGCAAAGACUGCUGACCUGUUUUGUUCUUGCAGGUCUGUAUUUGUUGUUGAGGGAUCAUUGUCACAAGUUGAAGCUUCUGACCAAGAAUUAGAAGGUAAAGAGGUUGUGAUAUGUGUCAAUCCAAAGUAUCCGGAAGUAACAACGGAUCGUGCUGAGUCUUUCGAGUUACGUUGUUUAGUGUCAGGGAACCUUGAUAACAGGCAAAUGUUUGUUCGACACAAAGGUCAAAAGUUCUGGGUUCAGAAUGGCGCCUUGCACCUGUGUCGAUACGAAGGUGCUGAUUUGCAUGAUGGUGCCUACCUUGGUGCCCGCAUAGCUGUGUUUUGUCCCAGAAGAAGUGUGGGCAAGCUGACUAGUUUGAAAAGAAGGUAUUUGGCAGCCAUUGGAGGUCAAAGAUGUGUACACUGCGACGUUCACAAAUGUCCACUUGUGCUGAAUCAUCAUCACAAAAAAAGCUCAGAAAACACAUACAAAUGCGUCUGCAGGGAAGGGUGGCAGCACAAUCGUGAUGAAGUUUGCGGGCAGUUUGGCAGUUACUCAUGUCCAUAUCUUGACUGUUGCAAUAUUUCGAUUUGUGACAAUCAUCUGAGCAAAUCAAGGAAUAGGUGCAAUUCAAUUGGUCCGGAGGCUGCGAUGUUCCUUUCAGAAGUAGGAUCCUGUUUCUUCAGUAAUGAUGGGGUUUCUGAUGAUGGCGCCUUCAGGGGACGUUGUGAAUCAAGCAUAGCUAAUCAUGUUCUGCCGGAAGCCCUAGGGCCAACUGCGGGACACGAACUGCCGCAAGAUAUAGUUGGUGAAUACGGAGCAAAUUGCAUAAUGGAGGACAAUAGUGAUUCGGGCUCUAGCUUUGGUAGUUAUGACAUGGUAGCAGAGGACAAUUUGGAAGAACCGUGGAAUUUUGUUGCAGCGCCAACAAAUGAUGAAGACCAGCAGAGGGUGGUAGUUGGUGAUCAGGAACACAACAAUAGCGUAAACAGGAGUCAUGUCUCCGAGCAUUUUGGUGCUGAGGAUCUCCCUACCACAACUAUCCCUACAACAACCACAGGAACAGAUCAAUGUGAGAUAGCUGUUGAUGGAGGACAAUUUAUUCAACGAGGACAUACUGACAAUCAUCCAAGACAACAAGGGAUGAUGUUAUUUCAACACAACAAUACUGGUAUCCACCUGGAUAGUGGAUCUACUUUUCAUUUGCGAACCAAUGAAGAUGACUUUAAAGAAGAAAGUCUGCAAAGAAUUCAUGGAGGAUUCCAUUAUGCCUCUAAUGUCGAGGGAAGAGAACUUUAUCGAGAAGGAAUUGAUAAGGUAUUUGACUCUGUGUGUAAGCUUGACACACGAGCUAGCGACAACGUCAACAGCUUGUCGAAUAUGGUACAAGAUGGAUUUGAUGUAUUUAUGGACACAAAGAGAGAGAACAGCUUCUUUGUGACCAGAAACGGGACUACAUGGCGAUUUGGACAUCGCAAUGGAUUAUAUACUCUGGUAGACGAACCUGCUGUGGCAACAGCAAUGUUCCAUAAUCAUGCACGUGGAAUUGACAAUGCUGGAGUAGACCCACGAUUUGAUAUUGAAAUUGAGAGAUACAAAGGAAUGGCAUUCAUCCUACAGCGUGAUAGGAUUAAUAUCGGAGAACCAAUGAAUGGAUAUCAUGAUUUAUGGAAAUGGACGAAAUUUGCUCAAUGGUGUUAUGAACUGGCUAAAGACCGACGAUGGGAUUUCGAUGACUUAGAUAUCUUUUCCAGACUAACGGUUACAUUUGCUGAAGAAGCAAAACGACGAGGUAUUCGAAAAGAUUUUCACGAAUGGACAGAUGGAAGAGGAUUUAUAUAUGAUGAAGUUCCUGCUGGCAUGGAACUAGAUGAAAUUCACAUAGUACCUAACAAUUUAAAUGAUAAUAUGGAAGGGUACUGUGCUCUACAGAGUGUGGAGAAGAACAAAGAGGGUUUCACAAACAAACAAGUGAAACGAGCAAAUGUUGCACGGAGUGGCUAUCAUAUGAUGGGGGCACCUGGUGCAGAACUAUUCAAGUUGGCGAUUCGGGGAAAUUUUUUCAAAAAUUGUCCAAUUACAGAGGAAGAUGUUAAUAUCUCUGAAAAGAUAUAUGGACCGAGCGUUUCAACAAUUAAGGGCAAACAAAAGCGACCAACACCGAAGGCGGUGGUUGAUGAUUGGAUCGAAAUGCCCAAGGAACUCCUGAAACACAAUUUGAACCUGGAUUUAUGUAUCGACAUUAUGUUUAUCAACAAUGUCGCGUUUUUUGUCAGUAUUGACAAAGCGAUCAAAUUCCGAUUCAGUACUGAACUGAAAGAUCGGACGAAGGAUGCUAUUUACAAGUCGAUUGACAAAAUUUUACGCAUUUAUAAUCAUGCGGAAUUUCGAAUCAAAACUAUUUAUUGCGACAACGAAUUCAAACCGGUAUUUGAUGACGUGAAAGAUAAUUUGGAUGUGACCGUGAAUUACGCCGCGCCGGGCGAACACGAACCAACUAUUGAGCGCAGCAAUCAAACAUUGUAA